UUCCAAUUGCGAUAUCCCUAGACACUUUUGUACACGCUUUAUGCGCUCGAUUUCUCGCAGAGCGACAACCAUCGACGUCGAUCGAAACCCUUUCGAUGCUGGCAUAACCAUUCGAGUCGACGUUGCUUGAAAGUGCGAAUCGAUUAGUAUGGUGCUCUAAGUUGUAUCAAUGAUUCUAGUGGUUUUGCGAACGUUACGGAUCGACCUAAAAUAUUCGAGUUUCUUCUGAGUCCGAAGAGUGCGUGUCAAGGCGUUCAAGCACGGAAAUUGUUUGCAUUUGUUCUCGUAGCUGGAUCUUAUUCUUAGGACGGUCAGCUUGGCAAAUGUUUUCUUGCGAUACGUUGCUAUGUAGUACCGGUGUAAAUGAAGCGGCGGCGUAUACCGCGGUCGCGUGGUAAAGGAAUACCGCCUGUGGGGGCGAUGAGAAUGGCGCGCAAAUGUUGCGUGCGUAGCUGCGAAGCUGAUGUACAAGAAGCGCGUGCAAAAGGUUUACCACUUCACAAGUUCCCGAAGGAUAUCGGUCUGAGGAGCAGGUGGUUGGCCAGCGGUGGUUUCGAAGCCAGCUUUAAGCCUUCACCGGGUCAGUUUGUCUGCCACAGACAUUUUAAACGGGCUGAUUACGAAGCCGCCAAGGGGCACAAGUUACUUCUACGUAAAGGCAGCGUUCCGUCGGUAUUUUCAGACUAUGAAAAUCAUCCAGAUCCUGUUAUUAUGUCUGUGAAGUCGUCGACUUCGUAUGCACAAGAGGAUUUGGAUCUUAUUAAUUCUGAAAUUUUAAACUUGGAACAAUCUAUUUCGCCAUUAUUAUCUGAAGCAAGAACACCAAAAUCUGAUAGCUGUGGAGAAACAUGUUCCUCACAACCAGAUUCGUCCACAGACUUACCCAAUUUGCUAGACUCAACGGAAUUAGUUAACGGGUGUAAACCUUUACAAGAUACUAAAGUAGAAACUCCUGUUAAACAUGAAAUACACGAAAAUUUAGAAAUGGAAGUAAACACUAUGGCGGUGCAAUUAGGAAUUGUAGAAUCGGACGUAGCUAUGGAACAUAUACAAAAAGAUUUGAUUAUUAAAGAGGAAUUAAAAAAUAUUAAAAUAGAAGACGAGAAAGCGUUCGAUAAGCCAGGGGAGUUGAAGGCGAAAAUGCUAAAUCGGGAUAGCUUAAAAUUUUUUCCUGGAGCUAAAUUGGAAGCAAAAGAUUUUAAUGAUAAAUGGUAUUCGGCGAAGGUAGUCGAAACCGAUUGGGAAGAACGAGAAGUCUUGAUACACUUCGAUAAAUGGAGCUCGAGAUUCGACGAAUGGAUACCUAUGGAUAGCUCUAGGUUGCGUGUGUUACAGUCACAGUCAAACGAACAAACUUGGACCCUGCCAACUCCGGAAACAAAAAUGAAAGACUUUUCAGUUGGAGAAAGGAUUCUCGCUACGUGGGCCGACGGGAGAAAAUAUCCAGCCAAAGUUAACGCUGUGUUAGGAAACGAUAGGUACGAUGUACUCUUCGACGAUGGAUACGCAAAAACUAUUAAAUCGUCAAAAAUGACCAAAAUCGCUGGAACGUCCACAAAGUUAUCUCCUCAAGCCGAAGAGUACAUAGGAAGCAAACAAGAAAGGAGGGAUAAGAAGCGGAAGCAUAUAGUGAUGGAAUUGUUUCAUACGCAUUCUCGAAAACGGUCAAAGAACGAAGUGGAUAAAGUAACGAAAAAGGAAGGAGCAGUAAUAAUCGAAAAUGGAGAAUGUUUUCCAGAAAAUAAAAUUGAUUUAGAUGGUACUUUGUUCGGGCCUUGUUAUGAUCCAGGGACAGAUUUGUUGCGAGGCUUUGAUACUAACGUAUCGAAAAUGAAACCUUAUACGAAAAAGAACAAGAAAGAAAUAUCUAAAAAUGAUAUAGAUCAAGAGGAAGACGUAGGACCAGAGUGGAUAGACGGUGAACCUCAGGGAACCGAAUCUUACAUAGUAGAUGGAAAUGAUGGACCACGUCGCUCGAUAAUAGUUGCAGAUAAAAGAUUACCACCUGGAUGGCAAAAACAUUUUACCCAAAGAAAAGCUGGUACAUCUGCUGGCAAAUGGGACGUCUUAUUUCUUCAUAAAUCAAGUGGGAAGAAGUUUAGGUCGAGGAACGAUAUCAGGGCAUUCAUGGAAAACCAAGGACAGUUUGACUUCGAUCCCGAGAAAUUUGAUUUUUGUAUUCAUCGAAAGAAGAAGAACUAUGGGCAUAAAUUAAAACAAGACGUUAUCCCAGAAGUACCUAAAAAGAUUAAGACUUUAUUACCUAAAACAAAGCCAACACCAGUGACAGAUUCGUUACUUACACCGGCAACUACAACGAUUACAACCUUAGUGCCUACACCAACAACACCUAUUCCAGAUGGUGCUGUUUUUAUUGGUGGACUCCGUGUAGAAAUGGAAGACAGCGCUUACAAAUGUCCAAAACAAGGAUGUAAUAAAACAUUUAGAAAGGAAAACCUUUUACAAAUGCAUAUAAAGCAUUAUCAUCCUGAGUAUUCGAAAUUUUUGGGAUCUACUCCAAAUGUUGCAGAUUUGGCUUACGCGAGAACAAUCGGAGAAUCUAUCGAUGAUAUUAUACCUAGGAAAUCGAAUAAUCUUUUAGAGAAAUAUAAUAAAUUAGGAAAGAAAAAGUCUAUUCAAGACAAACCACUUUAUACUGGCUCGCUAUCGGUAUCGGGUUCUAUUCAACCUACAUCUCCAACGAUAGUUUUGCCAACCGUCUCGGAAAUGGAAGAUGAAUUGGAGCAAAUGGAACAGUGUAACGAAAUGCCGGCGGAAGAUAUUAAAAUAGAAAGAAUGUCUCCGAUUUCUAGUCAUAGUAUAGAUAUGGAUGAUGAAAGUGAGAAGAAACGAGAAGAACCAUGCGCGAUGUCACCUGGAACAUUAUUCGAUAUGAAAGUUAGAGAAGAAAAAACACAAAGCGGUAUUAAAACCCUUCUUCCGGUGAGACCAACGACAUCGUCAGAAAUGCAAAGGACUGAUAGGUCGAAAUCAUUGGAUGAAAGUUUACAAAUCGAGAGAAUGAAGGGUCAAAGAAAACGGCAAUUAUCGGAAUAUAGUUCUGACGUUCCGUGUAGAGGCAAAAGGCGACCCGGUAUGCAAGAGCUUACAGAUGAUUAUGCUGAUUUAGACGAAAGUGCUAUGGAUACCGAAGGACCAACAGCGCUUAUGUAUAGAUAUAGUCGUCGAAAGUCAGAUUCAAGAAGCGAUGAAAAUAGUCAAAGUAGUCAACUAAACGAUUCUCGUCUUGAAAAAGGUGAUACCUUGAAAGGGGAUAUUACUAAAAGAGAUACAAAUAAUGAUGGGGAAGAAAAUGAAGGAGUUAUGAUGAUGAUUAACGGUGAAAUGAUAAAGGUAGAACAAUUACGUAGGGAAGAAAUAAUAAAUUGUACGUGCGGAUUUAUGGAGGAAGACGGUUUGAUGAUACAAUGCGACCUUUGCCUGUGCUGGCAGCAUGGCCACUGUAACGCGAUAGAAAAAGAAAAAGAUGUACCCGAAAAAUAUGUUUGUUAUAUUUGUCGGAAUCCAUAUCGACAAAGACCAUCGAAAAUGUAUUUCCACGAUCAAGAUUGGAUGAAAGAAGGCAAACUACCUACGUUACCAAACCGAACAAAAAAUCAAUAUACAAUUAACCAAAGAACAGCUAUGUUGAAACGUUCUUAUGAUUUGGUUGCUGCUCUCUUACAAAUACAGCAAGUAUUACACAGUCUGAGAAUAAAGAUUAAUGUAGCUCAAAAGAAAGAUCAUCCAAAAUUAUACCUUUGGGCAAAAAAUUGGGAGAAAAUUGAAAUACAAAAGCCAGACAUAACACCGGUACCAAUUAUAGAAAUCACGAAAGCAGCGAACGAACCCGUGGAUACUGUAACCGAUGCAUCUCAUAGAGUCGAGUUAAAGAUGGAAACAAAGUUUACUUUAAAAGAUGAUCACGAUGAAAAGUCGAUAGCUUCGGAUUCGGAACUAAUGAAAAUUUUGGAAGAAGACAAUACAACUUCCGACGAGUCUAAAGUUGCCCCUAAGAAAGAAGACUUGACAAACGAGAAUAAGUGUCACAUCCUUCUCGAUGCUCUUACAAAAAGUACUAUCUCGGACGAAAAAUAUAAGAUUUCCGAAACUUCAGACGAGAAACCAGAUACAGAUCUAUUAUCCAAUCAAACUACUGUGUCUGAUCAUGAUGCCUCUGAAACAACCGUAUCGGCAAAUCAAAUGCACAAAGAACUAAAUGACCACGAAAUAUCAACACCGUUACAACCAUUUAUACCACAACCAGAAGCACCGAUUGAUCCAGGAGAAUGUCGAAUGCGAUUAUUAGAACACAUUGAACAUUUUCAAAAUCAUAUAGAUGCAAGAUUAACAUCGAUCGAAGCUCAAGUUUGCGCCUUAGAAGCGAUGGAUCCUGAUGAUAUUGUACCUAGUCCAGAUGUCCAGCCUCGAACUAAACAAACUGUUCAAAUGCUUCUUCGAGAUUUAAACAUAGUACGGAAAUUAGCUGCUUUGUGUUAAAUAAUUAUGCUUAUAAAAAGUUUUACAAGAGUUAGGUCAACGCAAAAUUUAUCUUGUUUAUAGCAUUGACUACUGGCAAUUGUUUCGUAUUUGAAAUUAUAACCUGCAGUUGCAAGAGUAACAUGAUCGUAUUUUAUAGUGUACAUAUAGCAAAUACACAUAACGUGUUAACACAUAUUCAACAUUUUUGUUCUAUAUUCUGGCUCUUGCUUUUUCCUGUAUGUUAUACUCAUUCCAGAAUACGAAUAAGUUGUUAUUGUAUCAUAAAACAAUAUUUAGUUCUAUUUAAAUAUAUUCACGAUUGAAUUGAUAAAAAUGUUAUUUAUGAUUACGUUAUUAUUACGACAAAAUUCAAUAUUGUUUCAAAGUAAUAAUAUGUAGCGUUUUUCAUGAAAGUGAAGAACCAAAGGUUUGUAAAAAGAUAUAACGCAAUGGAAACUUAAGAACAAUACCAUUGUUUUAUAAAAUACAUUUAUUUAUGAGAAUAAACUUAUCUUUAUUAAUA